CUCAGGCAGUUCUCCUAAAUACUUCAAAGUUCAAGCUACAUGGAUUCACGGCCAACGGAGACCCUCACAGUAGAGGAACUCCAGCAGCUCGACGACGACCAUGAUACCAGACGGCAUGAGAGGGCACAGUGGGUGCUGAAUUCUCCUGAUCCACCAGGUGUAUUCCACGAUCUCAUUGGUUCUGUAAGGGAAGUUGUCUUACCCCAUGGACACACAACUGCGAAGCAAACGACAAGCGGACGUGCAAUAUCAUUCUUGCAAGGCCUAUUUCCUAUCUUUAGCUGGGGUAGGAAUUACAGAGUUUCUAAGUUUAAAAACGAUCUAAUGGCAGGUUUAACACUUGCAAGCCUAAGCAUUCCUCAGAGUAUUGGAUAUGCUAAUUUAGCAAAACUUGAUCCUCAAUAUGGCCUAUACACCAGUGUUAUUCCCCCUCUGAUUUAUGCUCUAAUGGGGAGUUCAAGAGAAAUUGCCAUUGGACCUGUAGCUGUGGUAUCUAUGUUGCUCUCCUCCAUGAUUCAGAAAAUAGAAGAUCCUGCAACUGACCCUGCUGCAUAUAGAAAUAUUGUUUUUACUGUUACCUUCUUUGCUGGAAUCUUCCAAGCUGUAUUUGGAUUGUUUAGGUUGGGAUUUCUUGUGGACUUUCUUUCACAUGCUGCCAUUGUUGGAUUUAUGGGGGGUGCAGCCAUAGUUAUUGGUCUUCAGCAACUAAAAGGUCUACUUGGGAUCAGUCAUUUCACCACUAAAACUGAUGUAGUCUCUGUCCUGGAGUCUGUUUUCACAUCAAUAGACCUUCCGUGGUGCCCUCUCAAUUUCGUCCUGGGAUGUUCAUUCCUUAUCUUCCUUCUAAUUGCCAGGUUUAUUGGCAGGAGAAACAAGAAGCUCUUCUGGUUUCCAGCCAUUGCUCCUCUUAUAUCUGUAAUAUUAUCCACUUUGAUAGUGUUCUUGACAAAAGCUGAUAAGCAUGGAGUCAAGAUUGUAAAACACAUCAAAGGAGGCUUGAAUCCAAGUUCAGUCCAUGAAUUACAAUUCAAAGGACCACAUGUUGGACAAGCAGCCAAAUUUGGCCUCAUUUCUGCCAUUGUUGCUCUUACCGAAGCCAUUGCCGUUGGCCGGUCUUUCGCUUCCAUAAAAGGCUAUCACCUGGAUGGGAACAAAGAGAUGGUAGCUAUGGGAUUCAUGAACAUUGCAGGAUCUAUGACUUCCUGCUAUGUAGCAACUGGUUCAUUUUCAAGGACUGCUGUGAAUUUCAGUGCAGGAUGCGAAAGUGUAAUAUCCAAUAUAGUAAUGGCUAUUACAGUAUUUUUGUCACUGGAACUGUUCACUAGGCUCUUGUACUACACUCCCAUUGCCAUCCUUGCUUCAAUCAUUCUAUCAGCUCUUCCUGGACUCAUUAACAUCCAUGAAGCUUACUACAUCUGGAAGGUCGAUAAGCUAGAUUUCCUCGCCUGCAUUGGUGCUUUCUUUGGUGUCUUGUUUGCUUCAGUGGAAAUCGGUCUUCUUGUUGCGGUAACUAUCUCUUUUGCCAAGAUAUUGCUAAACGCCAUUCGACCGGGAAUAGAAGAACUUGGAAGGCUUCCAAGAACAGACACCUAUUGUGACAUCAAUCAAUAUCCCAUGGCCAUCAAAACUCCAGGCAUUUUAAUAGUCCGUGUCAACUCUGCCCCACUUUGCUUUGCUAAUGCCAAUUUUAUAAGAGAAAGGAUAACGAGAUGGGUGAUAGAGGAAGAGGAUAAAUCUAAAGAAAGCACAAAGGGAAGGAUUCAAGUAGUAAUUCUUGAUUUGUCCAAUGUGACAAACGUGGACACUGCAGGAAUUCUUGCACUAGAAGAGCUGCACAAGAAGUUGCUAUCACAUGAAACAGAGUUAGCUAUAGCCAACCCAAGAUGGCAAGUGAUUCACAAGCUAAAGUUGGCCAAAUUCGCAGAUAGAAUAGGAAGAGGAAGUAUUUUCAUCACAGUUGGUGAAGCCGUAGCUGCAAGCAUUAGUACUAAAUUAACUAGUCUCAACAACUGUUGACGGAUUUGGGUGGGCUUCGUUAGUGAAAUUUUGGUAAAAGCCUAUUUCACCUCAUGGUUUUGAAGAAUGGUGAGCACACGUUUGUAGCUGUUUGAUGGCUCAGAAAAGCAACACAUUGGCUAUAUAUAUAUAUUAACAUUCCAAAAUCAAACAAAAUAAUUGAGUUAAUCCAUAUGAUACAAAUAACUGUAAAAAAGAAUUAUUGGGAUGA